AUGUAUUCCAAGACCAUUCCAAGAAUUAGCACUAACACCUCUCUACUCAACUACAGUAAAAAGAACUCUGAUCCAAUCAUGCUAGAGGCUAUAUUUCAAGAAUUAGAAGCGGAAUUCGCAAACCACGUGCACAUAUACACAGACGGGUCCAAGACACGAAUCGGAUCCGGAUAUGCAAUUGUCAGGAACCAGUCAACCGAAAAAGUUAAAUUUCACCACAAAACACCUAUCUUUUUAUGCGAACUUCAAGCAAUUACACACGCCAUCAAAUCAACUUUAACCGACCAAAAUACAAAUUUUGCAAUUUUCUGUGACUCCACAAGCGCCAUCUCAGCAAUACAGAAACUAUGGACAAGCGACUUUGUCAUCCAAGAAUGUCAAGAAGCUUACACCAGAUCAAGCCAAAAGAACAAUUCAAUAACAAUAAUGUGGAUCCUCUCCCACAUUGAUAUAACUGGCAAUGAUAAAGCGGAUCGCGCAGCUAAAGAAGCAGCUAACUCGACUACCCCCAACCACCACGACAACAGCACACAUGCGGAAACAUUACUCUCCACUCUUAAAGAAAAAAUUAAAGAUUGUUGGAAUAAAGAGUGGAAUUCAUUAACAAAAUCCCGUACAAAAUCAAUAAAAACGACUUUUAUGGAAAAUCUAUUACCUAGAAAUUACCUAGACCAGACCAAGUGA